AUGUUCACUCUUGCUGCUACCGCAGCUGCAGCUCCUGUCCCAGACACCUACUUCGCAAAAGCCAGUGUCUUCGCGAUCAAUAAAGUAGAAAACGCCUACAAAUCAGUCGAGGUCCCCUUGGGAAAGGUGACACACAUGGACUAUCAACUUACCAGCCUCGAGCUCCGCGGUGUUGGGUUCCUUCUCCCCGAUGGCCAGAACGUUGAUCCUCAAGACAUCACAUGCCAGAUGUACAAGGACGAGUUUGGUACUCAGCCCGGAAGUGCUGCUUUCAACAUGGAGACGCCCGCACAUGUCAGCCUCUUGAACCCUGUUGAGUUUGGAUGGGUACUGUGCUAUGUCAACGUUAACGGAGCCUGA